AUGUCUACCAAGAUCAAUGCUAUGGACACUAAUUUCACAGUAUUUAUACGCUUACCAUUUCCCAGAGGGGACUUUGUCGAUCCGCCGCCUGCAAGUCUUCCCAAGAGAAACCCCUUGAACAUCCACUAA